AUGGCGUGGGAGGAGGAUAGCGUGAGGGAGUGUUCUGCUUUGUUGAAUAACGUUAUUUUGCAGAAAAAUAUUCAAGACUACUGGAGGUGGUUACUAGAUCCUAUUCAAGGUUACUCGGUUCGCGAGACAUAUCGAUUCCUAACUUUUGCUGCUGAACCGACGAUUGCUAGUGACUGUAACGAUGUAUGGAAUAAGCUAGUUCCUGCUAAAGUUUCCAUAUUUGCUUGGCGUCUUUUUCAAGAUAGAAUUUCCACAAGAGCUAAUUUGGUGAGACAACAUGUUCUUCAACCGACUGAUAAUUUAUGUGUUGGAGGGUGCGGUAGCAUUGAGACAGCAAAUCAUCUUUUCCUUGGAUGCAAUUUAUUUGGGACUGUUUGGUACUUAGUAUGUCAGUGGCUUGGAAUCUCAUUUGUCUUUCCAGGGCAUAUUAGAGAUCAUUACUUUCAAUUUACUCAUUUGGCAGGCUUAUCACGAACUUCUUAUUCCUACUUAAAGGUUAUUUGGCUUGCUUCUGUUUGGGCAAUCUGGAAGAUAGAAACAACAGUGGUAUUUUUGACAAGGUGUAGCGAAUUUCCUUUUCAUGGAUAUCUUUGA